AUGGCUUCUGAUAGUGAGUCUGUUGAUACCCCUCCAUCAAUUCUAGCUACGAAUUCGACUGAGCUUUUGGUAAAACAAGAGGAUUGGGAUGCUUUUGUUGCCUCACAGCGUGAGAAGGAAUUCAAGGAUUCCAUCUCUCAGGAAGUCUCACAGGGCAACCUUCCUAAGGAUGAAGAUAUCUUGGCUAGGGCAUUAAGAACUGUUAACCAACCUGGUCAUGGCAAGAACAAUUGCAAUUUUUUAGUAGAAACUCUUGAAAGUAGAGUAGUUGCAACAGGGUGUGUGUAUAACAUUUCCAGGGAUAUGAUCCAUAAUCAUCCCCUCCUGCCCAACUGUGUUAGAGUUUAUCUACUUGUUGCCAUCGACCCUAACUAUCUAUUGCCUGUUCCUACUAAUGAGGCACAGACGGUGGGGGAAGCAGUAGGAAGCUUCGUUGCAUGGCCUAACCACCUUGUAAUAGUGGUAACAUCAAAGUCAGCAAAGGACCCAAUGCCUCCAAAGAAAAAGUACUUUGAGGAUGCCUACUGUGUUCGAUAUGCAGCUGCACAUAUAGAGGAAAACCUUGAAGAGGUAGCUCAGGCCGUGUUUAACAUAUGGAUAGCAGUAGUGGUUAGACCCAAUUAG